GAAACUUUAUCCAUGUAACAACAUCGUCUGCGUGCUGUAGCUACAUAGGUCGUCUGCCAGCUUUUUGCUUCUUAUCUUAGACCAAGAGGCGCUGGUCUUCCAAAACUGAGCAUCUUUGGUAAACGCAGACGAUCGUUUCUGAUCGGCCAGACGAUCAGGUAGAGUUCGAUAAGAAAAAGGCGGCAACCAGGGGAGGAGAACGAAGGGAUGUCAACACAAGCUCCACAUUUCAUUAAGUCUGAGAAUAUGUUUGAUAAAUACUCGACCAAUUUGACUCAUGAUAGCAGUUUGGAUCUUGGUUCAACGCAGACGAAUCACUCUCCAUUAAGGGGUACUCCUACAACGGUCAGCCUGAACACGCACUCCAUUGACGAAAUCCUUGGUAACAAGAGGGAGAUGAACAGAGACGACAUGCAUAUCCACAACGAUGGCGACAAUUGCAGUCUGGGAGCAACGUCCCCUACAGACAGCUGUGGCAAUCCCAGCAGUAUCUCCCCGGAUCUAGCUCUCAAGGAUCCCAUAGGCUGUGAUAACUCCCAGGGCGACGGGGACGGUGAACCCAAGAGGAAAAAGCGCCGAAAUCGCACCACGUUUACGAGUUAUCAGCUGGAGGAAAUGGAAAAGGUUUUCCAGAGGACCCACUACCCCGAUGUGUAUGCCAGGGAGCAGCUUGCUCUGCGCUGUGAUCUCACUGAGGCCAGGGUGCAGGUCUGGUUUCAGAACAGACGAGCAAAAUGGCGGAAGCGUGAGAGGUAUGGCCAGUUGCAGUCCAUGCGAGCUAUGGCUACGGGGACGUCCCCGGGCUACGAGAUGCCGAUCGCUCCAAGACCAGAUGCCUAUCCACAAGUUCAAGUCAGCAACUUUCAGCCUAUGCAUCAGAACCAAAUGUGGCCGAACAACGGCAACACUGCCUAUUCCAUGUCCAAUAUGAACGUGAACUCGUGUAUGAACCCUCACCAAGCCAUCCCAAACUUCAUGAAUCUAUCGCACGUGGGCCAACUCGCGCAGCACAACGCGUCUCUGGCUCAACAUAACGCUGCCCAGGCGCCGCACAUGGGGUUACCGUGUACCCCCACCCAGACGCUAGACCCCUGUGAUCAACGAAGGAGCUCCAGCAUUGAGGCAUUGAGACUUAAAGCCCGUGAACAUAGCGUUAAUAUGGGUAUGCUUAGUGCGUACGCUAAGUAGGUUUAGUUAAAUAUGGACAUGGUUGGGUGUCAAGUCGGUCGAAAUGUCUUCAAUCAAAUAAAGAGUAAAGACAACAUCGCCAAAUAAGGUGAAUUUCGUUUGGUUGGCAACAUUACAAUUGCUUAAACGCGUGGAAGGAGAGAAAUUCGACGACAGCUGGAUUUAUAGUUUGACACUGCUUGAACUUGGUAGGACUACCUUGAAGAAGGUCCAAAAAGCCAAGGACGGGGACUGAUGGCUGUUAAAUUCCUUGACAUCACUUUAUCUAGGUAAUAUCACACUGAACCACGUUCUGUCUACGAUUACGUCAAUUUAAGAUUUUUCUGUUCGAACAAUGCAAGAGACAACUAUCUCAAUCUAUAUGGGAAUCCAUGGAUAUCAAUCACGUUUUGCAGAAAUGUUCACCAGAUGAAUUCAGCACAUAUAUUGCAGAUUUGUCCCAUGUACAGAAAACAGGCAAAUCACGCUGGACAGCAUUGAUCACUAUUAUAUGCAAAAUAAUCGGUUACGCAGAAUCAGUGCUGCCAAGAAGUUGUGUGGAGUUAAAAACACUUUAAUCCUGAUGGUUUUGCUAUUAAAUCCGACAUGACUGAUAUAGCAAAACGAACUUUGUGAUCUUUCCGUCGCUUACAAAGUGCCUGAAGACGAAAGUUACGCCAUAGAAUUAGUAUCAGUAAUGUUAAAUACAUCUUGAUUGGCGAAAAAAGGCUUAUGAUCCCUUAGCAAUGUAUUAGGCCUGCUGCUCCUUCUUGCAAUUUAGCUGCAACUUUGCUGCAAAUUAGCAGCAAUAAAAUAUUUUUUGCAAUCUCCUGCAAAUUCGUAGCCGCAAACUUUUAGUUUACAGCAAUAUUGCUGCAAACUUUUCAUUUUGCUGAGGGAUGAUCGCGAGUAACUGUAAGAAGCAUAUCUUUAUGUUAAGAUCUAUAGUUUUGGAAAAACGACAUCUUUGCUUGAAAUCCGUCCAAAUCUUUACAAAAGCUAAUGUCGGCACUUUCUUUGUAAAUUGAAUUAAAGUAUUAAUAUUUUUAGAUAAAAAAUGUAAAUAUGUAUAUAUAUUCAAAUAUGGUACUAUGUUUGAUUUAAAUUUUGACGCUAAGCUUCGCGCUUUAGAAAUUACGAAUGAUCUACACUUUUUCACAAAAUUCACCAUAUGAAAUGAGUAAGAUAUUUAUUGUAUAUAGAAAAGUAAGAUGAAAUACCGGUGGAUAUAAUAUACACAUAUCAUUUUAUAACUUCAUGGUAUCCGUGAGAGUAGUGCGCGGGACAUUAACAUACCAACCCUUUUAAAAAGGGGUUAUGAAAAAAAAUACUUUCAAGCUACACGUCAGCGCCGGUGAAAGAUUUUCAAGACCUUAAGAAUGUUUUCCUUUAAUGCUUUAUUAGGAUAUGCAAAAGAAAAGUUUUGUUAGUUUUUGGUUCUCAAAAUAUUUUAUAAUUUCAGUGCUUUUGCUCGUUUAUCAGCUGAUGGAAUUUUGAAUCACCGCAUUCACAAAGUGCCUUCAGAACUAUUUUACCUGUAUUGAUGAAUGAUGCCAUAUUAAUCAAGAUACUAUAAAUCAUUCUGAUGUGAUAUUUUCAGUGCCAAAC